AUGUCCUACUUCAAGACCGAAUACCAGCGGUUCCUGGAUAACCCCAGGACUGCUAAAUUGGCUGAUGAUGUGUCACUGAUCUAUGUUCCUACCACGACAAAGUUCGAGCAGGCCGACAAUGUCAUCACUCAUGUGCUGAAGAACGCGGAGGUGGUCAAAACGAAAUCGAACCAGGUCAUCAGCGCCAUUGAAGGACCAAAUUCGCUAUGCCUAGACAUUGAGACAACCCUUGAAUUCAUAGAGGGUGGUGGGGUUUAUCUCCCCUCGCUCGACGAGAAUUUCCUGGCCGACCGUGUCGCGACUUUCCCCACGGUUCACAUCGUCCACUUCGACGCCAAUCAACUGAUAAAGCAGAUUCGAAUUUACUGGGACCAGGCCUCAUUGCUGAGGCAAGUGGAGGUCAUUGGAGCGCGCGGACGCCAAUGGCCCAUUCGUGAUGGAAAAGACCAACUCCGUCUCCUCAAAUCCGCUGAGGCGGCUUUGGCACCUUCGCAGGCUGCUUCUCAGAACGGGGAGACCAAACCUCCCCUCCGCUGCGCAUCCCCAGGCAAGCGCCACAUCAGAGAUCCCCACUCAGCCGACUCCCUGACCGAGCUCCUCUCACCGAGCAAGGAGACACCCAGACCUACAUCCUCCAGCAAGAAGUAUACCCAAGACCCUUACGGAGCGGGCUCCUUGAAUGAACUUCUGUCUCCCACCAAGAAGGCUCCCGCCUAUGUGCCUCCCUUAGGCUCGUCUGGGCGACCUGCCACGCGCAACUUAAGCGAUAUCUUCCAGAAGAACGACGAUAUGCCCGACUCCCCCUCGAAGUCCCAGCGCCGUGCUCCCCAGGCUGACCAAGGGGACGAAAAGACUGGCACAGGACCCGUCGACGAAGACCGUCAUUUCUACAAAACCGACCCCGGGAAAUUCAAGCACUUCGACAUCAGCGGCGAAGAGGUCGGCGGCGCAGGGCCCGUCGACGAGGACCGUCAUUUCUACAAAAGCGUCCCUGGAAAAUACAACCACUUUGAGAUUGGCGGCGACAACUCGGAGCGCGAGUCCAAGGCCGAAGUUAGGCAGGCCAACACCAAGCACGCAACCCACUGGGACUUCGACGACGUCGAGACCCCCGUGAAGGGCUCACGCGCCCCACGCGGACAAGAAGUUCGUCACUUUGGCUUCGGCGAUAACGAAGAUGGCACCGGAUCCCCUCAAGGCAAGCCCCACGUGACCAAGCCCCGUCGCGAUGCAGACCGCCACUUCGAGCUCACCGAUGAAGAAUCCGAGGACGAGGCACGGAUCAUUAGCUCAUUCGGAGGUCGCGGCAAGCGCCUCUACGAGAAUCGUCUCUUCGACGACGAAGGCCAGCCUGAGCUCUCCGAGCGCGAGCGAAAAGAUGAACAUCUGCCAACAGGCGGCAACAUCGUCAACCGCAACAAGAAUUUCAUCUCGCAAUUCGAGUUGGCAGAUGAAUCCCCCGCCAAGGGGAACGAGCCUAUCCAGAACCAUGAUGCGCACAAUAAGAUGAUGCAGUCCCACUGGGAUAACUACGAUGAGCAGUCCCCCCAACCGCCUACCCAGCAACACACCAAGCACAACAAGAUGAUGGAGUCUCACUGGGACAACUAUGACGAAGCAUCCCCCGAGCCGGUUCGGAGGAAUGCCACCGCGCAGCGCAACCCUCUUACCCACAACCAGCCCAGCUGGACCCAUGGAGACGAGUGA